GAUUUCAUCAUUUACAACGCCGGCGCCUUCCCCGCUAACAAGUACACCAAUUUCAUGACCAGUCAGACUUCGAUUGACCUGAGUCUGAAGCACAAGGAGAUGGUCAUCCUCGGCACCAUGUACGCGGGCGAGAUGAAGAAGGGAGUGUUUACGUUGAUGCACUACCUGAUGCCCAUGCAGGGCAAGCUGUCCCUUCACUCGGGCUGCAACGUGGGCGCGGAGGACGAUGUGACGUUGUUCUUUGGACUCAGCGGAACGGGCAAAACGACGUUGUCGGCAGAUCCCAAGCGGCCCCUGAUUGGUGACGAUGAGCACGUGUGGAGCGACAACGGUGUGUUCAACAUCGAGGGCGGCUGCUACGCUAAGUGCAUCGGCCUGAAGCCGGAGACGGAGCCCGAGAUUUACAACGCCAUCAAGUUCGGUACCGUGCUUGAGAACGUGGAGAUUGACCCCGCCACCCGCGAGGUGGACUACGAGUCGCAGAAAUUCACGGAGAACACCCGGGCUUCCUACCCCAUCGAGUACAUGGCCAAUGCGCGCAUCCCCUGCGUUGGCGGCCACCCCAAGAACGUCAUCCUGCUCGCUUGUGACGCCUUCGGCGUCCUGCCCCCCGUGAGCCGCCUGACGCUUGAGCAGGCCAUGUACCACUUCAUCAGCGGAUACACAGCCAAAGUCGCCGGCACGGAAGUGGGCGUGACGGAGCCACAGGCCACCUUCAGCGCCUGCUUCGGCUCGGCAUUCCUCAUGAUGCAUCCGUACAAGUACGCCACUAUGCUUGCUGAGAAGAUGUCCAAGCACGGCACCACCGCCUGGCUGCUCAACACCGGCUGGACCGGCGGAAAGUACGGUGUCGGCAAGCGCAUGAGCCUGAGGCACACGCGCGCCAUCAUCGACGCCAUUCACAGCGGAGAACUCGACCAGGCCGAGUUCGUCACCACGCCAAUCUUCGGACUGCAGGUGCCCACGUCCAUCAGCGGUGUCCCUUCGGAGGUGCUGUGUCCCGAGAACGUGUGGGGUGACAAGAACGAGUUCGCCACCACCCUCAACAAGCUGGGCCACAUGUUCGUGAAGAACUUCGAGCACUUCCACGACGGCGACGCGUUCGUGGGUGCCGACAUGGCCGCCCGCAUCCUCACCGGGGGGCCCAAGCCGCUGCCGGAGGACAACGUCGCCAAGACAGGCUUCAACGCGAUCAAGGACGUCGUGCCCGGUGCCGUGGUCGCGUAA